AUGGCCAUAUUCCCCCCUGCUCUCUCAAGAACUACCACUGCCGUGGCUGCAUGCUGUGAUCGUCAGCCUGAUAUGUUCACUUACUGUUUGUUUGCAGACCUCGACUUAACGCCCACGGAGGGCAGCUGCGACAGCGACAAAUACUUCACGAUUCCCCGUAACAACAGCGACAUGGUCAGUGCCUACAAGGCUGAAGUAGCCACUAAGCGGCCUGCGUCCACAGCAGGCCUUCCUGUGUCCAAACCACCAGCUUCAGGGGCUUCAAGAAGAUCCAGUGGUUCCAAACCCCCGCCACCAGUCAGAAGGUCUUCGUCUGUAUCGACAGGCUCUGUUGGGCUGCCACCAACAAUGCACAUGCUGCGGUCUUCUCCCUCUAAACAAGCGCUGCCAAGUUCCCCAGGACAGCAGUCACCCCAGCAAGCACAACCCCAGCAGAUACUAACCCAACAACAAAUACAACAACAACAGCAGCAACAGCUGUUGUUGAAACAACAGUUGCAGCAGCAGCAACAGUUGUUACAACAGCAACUGCAGUCACCAAGUGGUUCGUCACCGCAAGUUCAGUUGCGCCACCCCAAGACUACAGCACCUAACUCCCUACAACAAGUAUCAUCACAGUCACAACAUGCACAACAGCAGCAGCCUCAACAACAGCCUUCCCCGGCGUCGCCAAUGAAACUACCCCAGCAGGACCCACCUAUGCAAAGGUCUCCUGUGACGAAACAUACUCGCAAUACGGAUAGCCCCCCAAACCCCAUGCUUCUGCGGGACACUGAUCUCGGGCCAAACAGUGGCAUUACUGGUGGUCUUGGCCUGCACUACGCCAGUUCACGGACAAACAGUGCCAAAGUGGUUAUUGAUUAUGCUACACCUGAGGUUUCUAAGCCCAUAAAGGCACCUCUAUCAGCGGCUCGACCCCCGGCGUCCCCAUCCCCCUCGGUGUCGAACACGCCCACUCCAGAAAGUACCAGAAGAUCCAGCGUUAUUGACACUUUUAGUGCAAAAGGUAAAUUGGAGAGGCCGUUGUCGAGGGACGGAGGUGGUGAGGAGGAGACUGAUGACCGGGGCUUUCAGCUGCCGCCACCUCCCACCGAGGAGGAGUUGGCCGCCAUGGGGGUCGCUCCGCAUCCCCAGAAUAUACCUAUGAACACGGUAUUGUCUGAGAUGAAGACUGCUCAAAGAUUGCGUAGACUUUCUACAGACAAUUCAGAGUGCUAA